AUGCUUCGCUCCAUUGGACUGUGGCUGGCCAUUUCUGGCACCACAUGUCAAAUCAUCACGGACCACACCUGUGCUGAUGCUGACACCAACCGCAGCAGGAGCUUCCCACCCCGUGGCCUCGCCCCACCCGCCGUGGCGCAGUGGUUCCGGGAGGCCUUGCCGCCGCGCUGGUCCGGUCGACCUCUCGACUCCACGGCGCGGGAGCGGCAACUGGCGCGCUGGUCGGCUGCGGAGUAUAUGGCAGCCAGAAAGAAGGGAGAGGUGUCUUGUGAGGAAUAUGUGAGCUCCUUGGUGAAGCGAGCCAAGCACUACCGAGAGAUGAAUCAAUUCAUGAAUUGGGACAACGAUCCUCAUUGGACUGAGCGAGUGCUGGACCAUGCACGCAGGUUGGACGCCCAGGCGGCCCAGCAGGGCAUUGACACCCUGGCGCCGCUGUAUGGCUUGCCGCUGCCCAUGAAGGGGACCAUGGCCACGAAGGAGUUCAUCAGUUCGGCGGGGAGCGGCGUGCUGCAUCACCGGCGCGCCCGGGAGGAUGCCGAGUUUGUGAAGCUGGUCGUGUCCAAGCAUGGCAUCGUCUUUGGAAAGACCAAUGUUCCGGAUUUCGCGGCAUCCUUAUUGACUUGCAACUAUGCCAACGGCUGCACCUUGAAUCCCCACGCUCCGCUCCUCACCUCCGGCGGCUCCUCCGGCGGCGCGGGCUCCGCUGUGGCGUCCUACCUGGCGCCCGUGGCCGUCAGCGAGGACACGGGCGGCUCCACGCGGUCGCCGGCCUUCUCCAACGGGAUCUUUGGCUAUGACCCCACACGCGGACACUAUCCCAACGCGGGAAAUCCAGGAAUGUCUUUGAUCCUGGACCAGUUGGGUUUGAAUGCCCGAAGUCUGAAGGAUCUCGUUGCCCUUGAUGGUGCCUUGUGCGACUACGAUCCGAGCAGCGUGCCGGAGAAGAAGAUUCAGGACCUACGGAUCGGAGUUCCCAUCUAUCCCUUCGUGGAGGCCUAUGUGCCUUCCGGUGGGGACAACCCCUGGGGCUUUGCCGAGUACCCAACGGCCUGGGUGCCUUCCAGGGAGAUCUUGGCCAAGUACGAGGCGGCCAAGGUGGCAUUGAGGGCUGCUGGGGCGCAGGUUGUGGAGAAGGAGUGGCCCAGCGAGGAGGGUACGAAUGUCUUGGCCAAGGCGUUUUUUCCUGAUGAAGAUGGCCGGGAGGCGGUGAGCCCCUACUAUCACAGCUUUGGCACCUUCAGUGGGCAGGUAGCUCAAUGGAUUCAUGACUACUUGGGCGCGGAUGACGUCAGCAUCGCGGACGUGAUCGCGCACGCGCGGAGUGCGGGGCUGGGGCACACACCGGGGCGCUUCAUGGAGCUCGAGCUGGAUGAGACCAAGUUCAGCUUCAUCUUGCAGGAGCUGCGCUUGGCGGGGCAGGCGGCCUGGAAUCGACUCUUUGAUCAGGAAGACUUGGAUCUCAUUUUGGUGCCAGGAUUUCUGCACGUCCCGACGUACGACUGCGUGGCCUCAUCCACCUGCGAACAUCAAGUGAAGAACCUGACCAGCGGAGAAAUACGAUCCAGUGCGGAAUUUUCCUCGCUGCACCAGAUCUUCAUGCAUUCCUUGUCCAUGAAGCACAUCCCCUUGCCGAAGAUGAUGAUCCCAGCGGGUCUGGACGCGAGCCAACAUCCCGUUGGACUGCAGAUGAUGGGCCGUGCCGGGCCAAAGGGUACCGUGGGGCUGGGCUAUUCCUAUGAUGCUGAAGCACUGAAGACAGUGGCUUGGGAUAGAAAAGGCAGUUCAGGUGGCCUAUGA